AUGCUAGGGCCGCUAGGCAAAUCAUUGUUCAACAUGCCAGCAUCACAUGCUCAAACCACGCUCCUGCCAGAUCAUUCAGCAGGUACUUUGGGCUCAGCAGGUGCAGCGUACAUGAGCGUGAACUCUGGACUGGUAACUUUGAGGAAAGAGGUGUUGAUGUAUGCCACUGGCAACGCAUGGUUCUUCAAUGUCGUUCCUGUAGCUCUUUGCCAGGCGGCGACGCUGGCCUUAGGAAACGCGGCAUAUCUUCAUUUCGGUGUCGGAAUGGUUCAAAUGCUGAAAGCAGGCACUCCAAUCUUUGUGCUGCUGACCGUAGCCAUGCUGAGGCUGGAAUCGCCAUCAUUUCUCCGGACAUUUUUUGUAGCUCUCAUAACUGUCGGCACAUUCAUCACAGCUGGCACCACGCCAGAGUGGAGUGCUCCAGGACUUGUUUUGUCCCUGGGGGCAAUGCUGACUGAAGCUCUCCGGGUGAGUUUGACGCAGUUCUUGCUCAGUUCAUGCAAGCUCUCCGUUACCGAAGGACAAUAUGUUUUAGCGCCUACAGCCUCCUUUGCAUUGCUCCUGGCAUCCGUGGCCAUUGAAGGGCAAUCAGUGCUGAGCCUGGAGGCCCUGAGCAAGGUGAUCGAGUAUCCACAUCUUUUUCUCUUUGCCGCUGGCCUGGGCACUGUGGUCAACUACUCUAGUUACUUGGUGAUAAAGUUCUGCGGUGCCUUAAGCCUAAAGGUGAUGACGACACUCCGAAACAUUGCGCUUGUGUUGUAUGGGGCCUUUGUUCUCGGGGAGCAAAUUGCAGCAACACAAGCAGGAGGCUACACAUUGGCACUGGCCGGCUUCGUGGGUUAUUCCUAUUUUAGUGGGCCACCACUUCCCAAAAUGAGCGCUAUGACUGAAAUGAUUGAGCAAAAAAAGGGAGCAAGGGCUUUGCUUUGUUGA